CGACGACGAGGAGGAGGAGGGUGGUCUGCAGCCGACUGCGCUCGUCGUUAUUUCCUCCCCUCCCCACACACCACCCCCCCUCCCCCCGCCCCCCCGUAACUGCGAUCCGGGCGGGCCCGCCAGAUUUCCUGAGUUUCGUCAUGGCUCGUGGACAGCAGAAGAUACAAGCCCAGCAGAAGAAUGCCAAGAGGCAAGCUGAAAAGAAGAAGGGAGGAUCUGAUCAAAAAGCAGCAGCAAAAGCAGCACUUGUGCACACAUGUCCAGUCUGCAAGACACAGAUGCCAGAUCCUAAAACUUUCAAACAGCAUUUUGAGAGUAAACACCCUAAAUCUCCUUUGCCUCCUGAAUUGGUUGAUGUACAGGCAUAAAAAGAAAGCAAAACUUGGAUUUGGACUUGGAAUUCUGUUGACAUGAUGCACUGAACCUACUACACAAGGCCUGGAAAAGAUGAAGAAUGUUUGAUUCUUCAAACUUUUCACUUUCUACUUACUACUGAACUAUCAAUGUUUAUUCCUUUCGUGUUUUGGGGACAAGGGAACAUUGGAGUGAACAUUUUUUUUCAGACAUUACAAAGCUGCCAAUUCUUCAAGUGAGCUGGGUGAGAAUGUGGUACUGAUCUAGUGAUAGACAGUACUAACAUUUGUUUCUCUUCAUUCACUAUGUUUAAGCGCUGGCAUCAUUGUGAUACUUGUACUGUUGGAGACUAUUGCAAAACUAUGUGGAAGCAUAAAAUCUGUGGCUUAUACUUACAUUGGUUUUGCAGAAACCUCUAUCAGUGAAUGCUGUGUUGCUUUUACAAGUUUGGUUAGGUUAGUGUGCUGGCCUAUCACUAAUAAAAUAUCUUGACCUUGCUAAGCACAGGCCAGUCAUCCACAUUAGGAUAUGUAUCCAUUGUACAGCUUGUGUUCAGCACCUUCUUUGUAGAAGGGUUGUUGCAAUAUAUUAAAAACGUUGUUCCCCUGUUGCAAUCUUAACUUAAAUAAUAAUUGCGAUCAAACCAUGAAGGAUUCUGAAGAUGACAAUAGGGUCUUUCUCACUGGCCAAAAAGUGGAUGUUUCCAGAUGAUUGUAGAACAGUUUAAACUCAUAACCACUUCUCUCGUUUUAAAACCAUUCAUUUUAUGAAGAGUGCUUGAUUACCUGAAGAUAACAGAUUUCAUCUGAGCUCCAUGAUUUUUCUAUUGCAAAUCAUACUGUAGCAUCCCUAACAGUUUAAAAUACAUUAAUGUGGAGCAGACACGUGAAGAGACACUGUCUCUAAUGUGUAAAUGCUAAUAAGCGGAUGUGUCUGAGCUUUGCUGACUGUUUUCAAACUGUUGCUUUGUAGCUAACGAUUGUAGAGUUAACAUUGCAAAGCUGGCAGGUUGGUAGUAACAUGUCUAUUAACUAGUCUUGUUUUUUAUGUCUAAAACUCGUUAAAGGGGUUUCUCAAAUGUAGACGGAAGCUAAUUCCGAAAUUGACUUGAGAAAGUUCCUAUUCGAAACCACAGUAACUAGGAUUGCAAUAGCUUGUGUAUUUCACCUAGUUCUGCUCCUAAUCCUUUGGCCCUUUUUCAAGUCUCUUUGCUCUGUAGCAACUUUGCAUAAUCAUACACGUGCAGUAUUUUGUGAUUUAUCUGGAGCUCAUUGUAAUUUCUUUAAUAAAUAUCAGAAGCACAUUUUCUUGUAAA